CAUUGAUUCUUAUUGAAAUUUUCUGUUAGUCUCAUCAUUCUUUCUAUCAUCUUUGUCUCUCUAAAAACCAAACAAUGACAAGCAAGAGAAAAGGGAAUUGGACAGUGGAGGAAGAUAAGAACUUGUGUAGUUCUUGGGUGAAGAUAUCGGAAGAUGGAGCUGUGGGUGUCAAUCAAAGGGAUACAAGGUUCUGGGAUCGAGUGGCGAAGCAAUUUCGAUCGAAACACAUCUCGUACUAUCAAAAGCAUGGCUAAUCGAAUGGGCACAAUCACCAAAUACUGCAAGUGUUGGAAUUCAGCUAUCCAAAGGGCAGAGAGGAAUCAACCAAGUGGCACGAAUCAAAUGGAUGUGGAGCAUAUCGCAGAACAGCUCUAUUUAAGCGAGACCGGAGAAAAGGGUUGGAAUUUUGGUCAUUGUUGGUGGAUCUUGAAAAGAUGCCAAAAAUUUCAUACCGCGAGUCCAAUGCCAUCUUCAAAUCAAAGCCGCAUGAGUCAAGGUUCUGAUGGUUCUCUCAUGGGUCUUGGUUAUCAAUCAACACCACAGACGAACCUCAAUGACACAGAAGGAGACGAAGAAACUCCACCAUUCGUCAUAUCUCGCCCUGCUGGACGCGACAAACAGAAGGCAGCCAAGAAGAAAGGAAAGGGGGUUGCCAAGUCAUCAGAGAGCUACACUGCUCAAUUGCUGGAGUAUGGAAGUGAGUUGAAGGAGAGGCAUGCUUUGAGGAUUGAGUAUGAGCGAAGAAGGAUGGAAUUCCAAGAACAAAAAUCAAAGCGUGACAAAGAAAAGUGGGAAGUUGAGAAAAAAGAGAGGGAAGCAGCACUAUUUCGAAACAAUCUUGAUCUUAUUGAAAAGGACUUGUCAAAGUUGACACCAAGAAAGAGGAAGUUUUACAAAAAUCAUCAAAACAUGCUCCUAGGGUAUGAUCAAGAUGAUCCCAACUCUGUUCCCGACUAUUCAUCCAACGCAAGUCAAACCGGAGGAGGAGAUGAAGGUGGAGGAGGAGAUUACGGGAAUUACUAUUCCCUUCUGGGUGAUUAUUGACAUGUUAUGUGUUCCCCUUUUAUCAUUUCAAGUGUUGUGUGUAAUGUUUAAACUUUAUCAUUUUCAAGUGUUGUGUGUAGUAUUUAAGCUUUAUGAUUAGCAAGUGUUGUGUGUAACCUAUGAAUUGUACCAUUUGAUUUAUUAUGUCAACUCGUUAAGCUUUAUCAUUUUCAAGUGUUGUGUGUAAACCCAAAUUAGGUCCAUAAUUUUUCGCCAAAAAAAAUUUGGUCUCGAAAUUUAACAAAAUUGUAUCGAAAAAUUUGUAUUUAAAAAUGAUGACGAACUAUACAAAAAUUCACAUGAACAAAUUAUAUUAAAGUUUCGAUAAAUACAUUUUUAAAUAAAUAGAAAAACUUGAAAUAUUGAGAUCCCCAAAUAUGGAGUUUGUUGUAUUGGAGCAAAAGAAGGGAAAAUGGGGUCCAAUUCCCAAAUUUGGGGUUUUGCAUUGGACUUGGCCUUAGUUUUAUCGGCAAAAUGGAUGGAAAUGAAUUAGCUCUCCUCUCUCGACAUAAAAGGAAAUACUUAUGGAUUCAAAAGAAAGCCAACCGUAAAAACCUUAUCUCUUUUUCUCUCGUCUUCCUCCAUUCGUCUUCCAAGCGAAACAGAGGGAAUCGAUGGUGGCGACAACGAGGAGACAUAGGGUCAUCGGCGGCAAAGGGCUUCAUCGACGGCGAGAGAACAUAGGUGGUGUCGAUUGUCUCUGAUUUACCUAUAUGGUGUUGAAUCUUGUCAUUCGGGUCUCAGAUCUUGUCGUCCUGGUAGCCGGUGAAGAUCUUGUUGCCGUAGAUUAUAUGCCUUCACUAGUCCAUUGUUGGCUUUGAAUUUGGGGGAGUCCUUACUAUUCUUUCACAAACGCAUGUUGUUGCUCUCAGAUAUGGUCUAGAGAAAAUCACCUAAUUCAUCCCAAUCUAAAGGAAGGUAAAGGAAAAAGAAAAUCAGAAACCCUCUUAUAUCGCAGAAGUUAAUCUGCUAACUGCUAUAUUCGUUAGCAGAUACUCACAGGGCCGGAUUAGGUGCCACGUCGGCCCAUGUUUGAUCCAAUGGAGGAGAGACGGGCUCGUUGGUGGCUCACUUAAGUGAGCUGGAGAUGGGCUUCGAGGUAGAAGCCGGCCCAACGUGUGGCGCAAAAGGUGAGCCGAGGAAGUGGCUUUGUGGGCCCGCUUCAGUUUGGGCCGGAUUUUGGAGAGGUUUGGAGAGAGAGAAUGAAAAUUGUGGGCCCGCAGUCCAUGUGAUAUUUAUGUAUGUUUGUUUGUGUGGAUAUUUAUUUAUUUUCAGUCGAUAUUAUUUUGUGAUGUGUUGAUAUUACUUUGCAUCAUUAUUGAAAUGAACUAGUAUUCUUCCUUCGCAAACCAAUAUCCAUCAUUAAACUAAUAUUUACCAAACCCCAAAAUAACCCAACCACCCGAAACUGAUUACACCAAUUUAGAGUUUAAGUUUUAGGGUUUAUGGUUCGGGUUUUCAAUUUGUGAAGUAUUGGAAUAUUGUUUCUUACAUCAAAUUAAACACACUAGGAAAUUAAAUACACUAGGAAGUCCUAACACAUAAGACUUGCAACCUUAGUUAGGGCUGCACGCCGAGGGCCCAUGGGCCGAAGGCCCAUUAAAUAAUAAUAGUUUUAUGGUUUAGGAUUUGUGUUACGGUUUAGGGUUAAGGGUUUAGGGUCUAGCUUAAAUUUGAAUUAAUAUUAGUUCAUGUUUUCUGAAAUUUUCUUGGACUUUUGGAUAUUCUAAUAGGGAUAUUUUGGUAAAGUGAUUAGGGUGUUAGUAUUAGUGUUAGGGUUUAUUUUUUAGGGUUAAAGGUUUAGUUAUUAGUCUUGUGAUCGUUUGCAAUGAAUGGAUAUUAGUUUA